AUGUGCCGAAUCGGGUUUAAAAAAGAUUCAUUGUCUAUCAACACGUUGUGUGACUAUAGAUAUGAUGGCAGUAAGUUCACAAUCAGCCACACAGCCAAUCCAGUUUUGAAUCGCGACGACUGUGUUGAUGCAACACUUGAAAACGAACUCACUCUUGUUGUUACUGGAAACAGUUAUACCCCAACAAAAAGCGAAGUGUGGAAAGCAAUCAAAUCCACAAGCCCUGCAAUUGUAUUAUCUCUUGGACAACUCACGUUGAGUGCAGCGAGUUGUGGCUUUGGUGGAAGUGUCACAAUCCCAAAGUCAACAGUGACAUGCACACAUUUCGACAUUUCACAAAACACACAAAUCACAACAGAAGGCACAUUCAGUUUCUCGACAUUCACUGCUACACACCAACUCACAAAAAGCAACACAAGUGGUGUUGUGAAGGUGUUAUUCAGUGGAAGUGUUCCGUCUCUGAGUUCAAUUCAAUACACUGGAAGUGAUUUUACAAACUGCUUUGAGUUGAUUUCAUACCAAAGUGAAACACAGCAAACACUGGACACAACAAACACAAAGAUGCUUGGAAAAAAGUUGGUUCGCCACUGUGGAACAUCAACUUUUGAUGAUGGCAUACUGUGUGUUCUUCUCAAGGGUGAUAUGAACAACAACACAAGUUAUCAAAGCGAAGUGCUUCACUGCCCAACUAACACAGCCAACACGGUGAUUCAGAUAAACACCGCAAGUUACACACAAACAGUCCAAUUUGAUGGCGUCUUCUCACAACAGAUCACACAGACUUCUCUCACUAAGAAAGACACAAAGGUGUCACAAUUACAAGACACGAGUAACAACAUGAUUUGCAUUGACAAAAACUCACUUGAUAAACAAACCAUCUCAGUGUCAAAAUCAGCAACUAAACUGUUUGUGAGUUCUUCAUUUGGCUUUGAAAACACCGCAAAAGCGAUGAAGGGUGCAACCGAUGGCGUUUCUGUUGUGCGAAGUUCUUUCACAAACUGCACGGCCUUGCUUGUCAAAGGCAGCACAACAACAUGUGAGAGUUGCAGAAGUUCAUAUCUCACGAAUGUAUAUUUGUUUGUGUGCGACACGUGUGGCAAUGGGAAUGAGGCGUACAAAUACGAAUGUGUUAGUUGUAACACAAAUGGUGGAACAAGUGCACACAUUAUGUUGAUGGGAAGUGUGUUGAGUGUGAUGACUGGAAUUUUGUUGAAAGUGGUGUGUGCCAAGGAGUUGACAGAGCAACAACACUUCUUCAUGGCAGAGGAAUUUCACUCAAAUGUGCAAAUGGGUACUACAGUCACUACGAUAUGUGUUCAAAAGCAGCAGCAACGUGUUUACAACAAACCGACUCAACGACAUGCACAAAGUGUUGAGUUGUGUUGGUGGGUACUUUGUGGCAAAACAGCAAACGUGUGCCAACAAUGCACAGACAAGUAUGGUGCUCUCUGUUCGUUGUGUAACUCUUCAAGUUGUCUGAAAUGCAAAGAUGCUGUUUUAACAAUGGAGGGAACGUGUUCGAGUUACACCGACAGUGGGUGUUCGUCGUCGACAGAUGUUCAUUGCUCGUACUGUUCAGUUGCAACAAAUUAUAUUAACUCAAAUGGGAAGUGUAUAGCCAAUCCAAAGAACUGUCUGACUUCUUCAAAGAGUGGAAAUUGCUUCGCUUGUGCUGAGGGACUUCAUCUUGAUGGAACACGCAGUUGCGUCUCAGAAAGAACAACGGACAACUGCGACCAGAUGAGCAAAGCAAACGAUCGAUGCAUUAGGUGUUCAUCAGGACAUUAUCUUGAAAAUGGCGUAUGUCCAUCAUGUCAAGACUUCUGCGUUCUCUGUUCUGACUCAAACACGUGUCUCCAAUGCGACUCAAAACACGUCUUUAACGGGACUUAUUGCGAAGAAAUCUCUGACAAAUUCCACUGCAAAAACUACUUGCAAGGGACAUCCACGUGUGUUGUGUGUGAAGAUGGCUAUUUCAGAAAUCCAAAAACUUCUCUUUGUGAGUCUUGUGUUUACGGGUGUAAUAAAUGCACCAACGACGCGACGUGUUUGCUCUACAAUGUAGACUACUUUUUACUCAGCGACCACGCCCAAUGUAUUCCAUACAAAAACUUGACAAAUUGUAACGUGACAAGUUCAUCUGGGUGUGUGACGUGUUCAGUUGGCUAUUACUACGACAACCAGUAUUGCUCGUCGUGUUCCUCUGCAAUUCACAACUGCAACAAAUGUUACUCCAACACGGACUGCAUGUCUUGUGAAAACAAUUUCAUUUUAACAAACAAAAGUUGUGUUGCAAAAAGUGAAAUUGCAAAUUGUGUGGAAGUGACCAACUCAAAGAGUUCAAAGUGUUCGUUCUGGCACACCACAAACACAGACAACACGUCGUGCAUCACACAAGCCGUGUGGUGGGUGAUACUUCUCAUUGUCAUCGUAGUUGUUGUUAUCAUCAUACUCGUCAUAGUCGCCGUCAUAGUUUUGGUCAUCAAAUACCUCAACCACCAGAAGAUCGAAAAGACGCGUGAGAAGUUCUGUCUCUUUGAAAUGGCACUUUCAAAUGUCCAAUUCAUUUCAACGUCAAAUUCCGACGUUGUGUUGAACAAAACAGAAAUUCUGUUUGAAGGAGACAACGAGGAGAAUCAGAUUCCUGUUGCCACUGAAAUCCGCGAGUUGGUUUGUGUUGGAAAGGUCGGCAAAAACUCAAUUAAAGUGCAAUUCACACUGAAAGGCUCUUCAGACAAGUACGAAAUAAAAACAGAGCCAAAAAUCAUGACGAUUUUAAGAGGAAAAGCAAUUGAAUUUGAAGUCUUGUUGUCACCACUUUGUUCGUGCAAAAUAGACGACAAGAUGGUGCUCUCGUCUGCCAACACGGCAAAAGGACAAACAUCUGAAGUGUUGAUUUCACUCAUGAAAAUGACAGUGAUGUCAACACUUUUAGACCCAGACGAGUUGAUUGAAGAGAAACAACUUGGUGAAGGCUUGUUUGGUGUUGUGUUACUUGGGAAAUACAGAGGUAACAAAGUUGUUAUUAAAGAGAUGAAAAACAUGAACAACAACACUUCGAUGGAAGAGUUCAAGAAGGAAGUUUCCAUGUUGGACAAGUUCAGAAUUGAUUAUGUUGUAAACUUCUAUGGCUCUGUGUUUAUACCGAAUAAGAUCUGUAUGGUCACCACAACCAGGCACUUGAUGAGACACAAAAAGGCGGAAGAAGUUGUUUUAAGUGUACAUGUUAAAAUCAUAUACGAUGCAAUUAAGGGGUUGGAGUAUUUACAUAACAACGGCAUUUUACACAGAGACAUCAAGCCUGACAACUUAUUGGUGUUCUCAAUUAAUCUGAAAAACAAUGUGAGUGCUAAACUGACCGACUUUGGGUCAUCGAGAAAUUACAAUGCUAUGAUGACUAACAUGACAUUCACGAAGGGAAUCGGAACACCAAAGUUCAUGGCACCUGAAGUGUUGGAGAAAAGUCCAUACAAGAACAGAUUUUUAAAAUACAAAAAUUAA